UUCUCUGUCCCUGUGACUGAAAAUAAUCUGAUCAGCUGAUCUGACCUGGCAACAACAUAACGUAGCUACAGAAAUUUGUCAGGGAGGGGGCUGAAGAACAAAACAAUGACACUGCUCGGAAGGAUUCAAACACAGUAACACUUUAAAGACUUUUAAAACGGAAUUGUGCGGAUUUCCCUCCCGGUUAACGCUAACGAGUCCGCGGAUAUCCGAGCUAUUGGCAUCAACCAGCUGUUGUUUUUGUUGAUAUGUUAUUACAGUUCAGUUGUCAGCGCUAGCUGCUUGUUUGGACGGCUAUAAAGUGAUAGGGCUUGCUGGCUCGCCAUUUACAGAUUCUCUUUGGAAAAAGUUCAAACUGUCCACCGGCAAGAGCUAGCCGUAAGCUAAGUAUCCCUACUUAGAUGCCAAAUCAUAAACCGAAUUUUCGAGCGAGCUUUUGAGGGUCAGCUCGCUCGCUAGCCUGUUGUUAGCAUCAAUAUUUGCACAACAAUUUCUUUCAGGGAGAACUCAUUGUCGAUUGGUACUGCCUACUUGUUAAUAAUUUCGUAUCAUUUUACUGUUUUCCACUUAUUUUAGGUCCAUUUUCUGAAGUGUUGCACGUAACUGCCUACUUUAUUAGAAAAACAAGCUAACUGCUAGUACAUAGAUAUCAGGUGUAACUCAAGGACUCGUCUGUUACUACUUCAUUGCCUCAGAGUUCGUUGCUAUAAACGCGUAAAAGUUUGAGUUCCAUACCGCAAAAAACAUUUUUCAUAAAAUACUACUUUUCAGACUUUUACAGCUAGUGCCACUGAACUUUUACCAUGCAUUUGCCGUAAGUUUAUAUAGUAUUAUUUCGUCAUUUCAGUUUAGAAUUACUGCACGUUGAACGUUUUGCAUUAAUAGUUACUGGUGCUAUUGUUAAAACUGGUCCAAUCAGAGGAAGUCUGUACUAAAGAUCACUUUGUAAGAAACAAUGAGUGGACAUGGCUCGUCUUCUGAAAAGGGAGUCAACACUAGUCUGAUAUGUCAGGAGAGUUAUUCGUGUGGUGGCUCUGAAGAGGCUGCAUUUGAGUGCGAUGACUGCAAAAGUCUCCAGUGUGUUCGCUGUGAGCUCGAGCUCCACCGUCAGGAGCAUCUGAAAAACCACGAGCGUGUCCAGAUAGGUCCUGGGCAUGUCCCCUACUGCGAUAACUGCAAAGGGAGUAAUGGGGACAGUGGCAAGCGUCAAAGAUCUGUGGUUCGCUGCCAGAACUGCAAAGUUAACUUGUGCCAAGACUGUCAGAAGCGCACCCACAGCGGGAGCAGCAAGAAGAAACACCAGCUCACUCCUUACCCUCCACCACCCAAACCUGCCGAGGUCAACUCCGUCCCAACAUCUGCCCAGCCUGCUGUUCAAAUGAGCGAUGAGAUCAAAUCUCACAGAUCAAAACUCCUGGAGAAGGUUGCCAGCUUUCUCUUGGUGGAUGAGAAUGAAGAAAUGCAGGUAAAAGAUGAAGCCUCAUUCAUGAAGCACCUCAGCUGUUACCCCGAUCAACUGCUGAAAGUGGUCUCCAUCUUUGGUAACACGGGAGAGGGCAAAUCACACACCCUGAACCACACGUUCUUCAUGGGGAGAGAAGUGUUCAAGACUUCUCCCGCGCAGGAAUCAUGCACAGUGGGGGUUUGGGCGGCGUUCGACCCCAUCCAUAAGGUUGUGGUCAUCGAUACAGAGGGCCUGCUUGGGAACAGUUCAAAACAGGGCCAAAGAACCCGUCUCUUACUCAAGGUGUUGGCCAUCUCCGACCUCAUCAUUUACCGCACCCAUGCGGACCGUCUCCAUGAUGACCUCUUCAAGUUCCUCGGGGAUGCCUCGGAGGCUUAUUUGAAACAUUUCACAAAGGAACUUAAAGCUGCAACAUCCCGCUGUGGUCUGGAUGUCCCCCUGUCCACAUUGGGCCCUGCAGUGGUCAUCUUCCAUGAAACUGUGCACACUAAACUGCUAGGCUCAGAGAAAUCAUCUGAGUCAGUGGAUCGGCUGCUGCUGGAGCGCUUCACAAAGCUCUCCCGUUACCCCGAAGCCUUCAGCUCUGUGCAGUAUUGGGGCACGCAGACUCUCACUCCCCCCACGGACUUCCGCGGCCUGCAGGGUAAACUUGAGCAGCUCCUGGAUAACAACGCCACCCGCUCCCCGCGCACCCCUGUUGUCAUCUUCAAAGCCCUGCAGGCAUUGAGUGAGCGCUUCAAUGGGGAAAUCGCAGGUGACCUGUUGGGACACGGCUGCUUUUUUCCCGAUGAGUACUUCACCUGCUCCAUUCUGUGCCUCAGCUGUGGAUCUGGUUGCAAGAACAGCAUGAACCACUUAGGAGAAGGUGUGUGCCAUGAGGCCAAGCAUCGCUGCCGUUACUCCGCUCAGUAUGAUAAUCGCAUUUACACCUGUAAGGCUUGCUAUGAAGGAGGAAGGGAAGUUGUUGUUAUUCCCAAGACCUCUGCCUCCUCUGACUCUCCAUGGAUGGGUCUCGCCAAAUAUGCCUGGUCAGGGUACGUUAUUGAAUGUCCCAACUGUGGAGUGAUCUAUCGGAGCCGUCAGUAUUGGUAUGGUAACCAGGACCCUGUGGAUACAGUAGUUCGCACUGAAAUCCAGCAUACUGAGGGCUUUUUAAAGGACAACAGCAAUGCUGCACAGCGGCUUCUGGAUGGAGUCAAUUUAGUGGCCCAAUCUGUGUCAGAGCUCAGUGUCAAACCUGCCAAGGCCGUCACUUCUUGGCUGACAGAUCAGAUCGCCCCAGCCUACUGGAAACCCAACUCCCUCGUCUUGGUGUGCCACAAGUGUCACAUAGUCUUCCAGGAUAAUGACACCAAGCAUCACUGCCGUGCCUGUGGGGAGGGCUUCUGUGAUGGCUGCUCCUCCAAAGCUGCUCCGGUCCCUGAGAAGGGCUGGGGUCUUGCCCCUGUCAGAGUCUGUGACGUCUGCUUUGAGCAGAGAGCUUCUUAUGCAGAGUUAGUUGAGCCACAACUUGAGGAGGAUGAAGGUGGAACUCUUGCCAGAAAGGUUGGAGAAGCUGUCACCAACACUUUAGGAGUCGUUGUCACAGCUAUUGACAUCCCACUGGGCCUUGUGAAAGAUGCAGCCCGUCCUGCCUACUGGGUGCCUGAUCAGGACAUCCUGUCAUGCCACAACUGCCAACGUGAGUUCACUGCCAAGCUGUCCAAGCACCACUGCAGAGCCUGUGGCCAAGGAGUGUGUGAUGACUGCUCCCCGGAACGCCGGCCGGUCCCCUCUCGCGGCUGGGACCACCCUGUGCGCGCAGAGGUGGUCAGGACCCGGUUGGGCGACCAGUUCUAUAAGGAGGCCAUUGAGCAGUGCCGCAGCUACAAUGCCCGCCUGUGUGCGGAACGCAGCGUCCGCCUUCCUUUCCUGGACUCGCAGACCGGUGUCGCCCAGAACAACUGCUACAUCUGGAUGGAACGCCACCACCGCAGCCCCGGUGUUGCAGCUGGGCAGAUGUACACGUACCCCGCCCGCUGCUGGAGGAAGAAGAGACGGCUGCACCACCCUGCAGAUCCACGACUGGGCAUCUAUGGCCUGCAGCUCGAUGGUGGCCUCAUGUCGAAGGAUGCUCUGCCCACCCAGAGCACUACGCUGGAGGCUCUGCUCCGAGGAGAAGGUUUAGACAAGAGGAACAGCUCCAAGAACGAUGAGGAGAGCCUGCUGGAGAUUCAGCGGGUUCUGGAGGCAGAUGCAGCAGAAGACGCCUUUAAUGAUGAUGAUGACUAUGAGGUGGACACCCCAAAGAGGAGACACCGGGGCAAGGGGAGAGGCCGGGGAUCAGGCCGCAGGAAGACAGAUCUGGAUGACGAUAAGCCAUAUGUCUGUGACAACAGAUACAAACAAAAGCAGAACUCAAAAUCUUCAGCUUCAGCGUGUGCAAAGCGCUAUCGGAACCGCACAGGACUAAGCUACCACUACACCCAUUCCCACAUUGCGGAGGAGGACAGAGCCGGGGACAGAAGCACGGUGGCGUCCCGCCCCCCCACUGCUCCACAGGCGGACAGACACAAACGUCCAAAAGGUCCAAGUGGGGCGAGCAUUCCCAACAACUACUGUCAUAAGUGCCAGGGCAAAAAAACGAGUAAAUCUGGCUCUCCCUGCUCGGCCUGCCAACGCACAACUGACUGUGGAGAGGAGAAGGAGGACGGAAUGUUUACCGGAGCCGAGGAGCUCUUCGGCACCACCUCAGAGAGCGACACUUCCACCUUUCACGGCUUUGAGGAUGACGAGCUGGAGGAGCCAGCAACAAACAGCAACGGGAUAUCUAACCGCCACAGAUAGAGUGAACCCGUUAGAGUUCAACUGACUUUUUUUUUUAAAUAUAUGGAUUAACCUCCUGGAAAGAAUCUGCUGCUUCUUUUUCAAUGUGUUUUGUUUGCAGAAAGCACAAAGUUAUAAUUUCAGGACAGAAAUGCAAGUGGUAUUUUAUCUACUGAACAUUGUUGAAUAAUUUAUGAACACCUUUUUAUAUAAGUAAACAGUAUAUAUGAACUUUAAAGGCAACAAACGACUGUCUGUAUUUCCUGACAAAACAGAAGACAUUUUUGGAUUUUUUUUAUUUAAUCUUUUCCUCCCUCAGUGAAGCAGACAGAACAAGGUUAGGAACAAAAAAUACUGGCGGAAUUGGAACAAUUUAAAAAAAGAAACCCUGUUUUUUUUUUCCCUCGACCCCCUUUUUUCUAAAGCAUGAAUGAUGAGUUUGAUGAUUGCAGACCAUACUUACAUUUGAAGGACUACCGGAUAUUUUUCAAUCAGCUCAGUGUGAACUUGAAGAUCUUGUCCUCUGCUCUCACUCUGGAUUAAAUGUGUGAAAAUGAAGGAACCCACGAAAGCCACAGGCCACUGAAAAUGUUUGGAUGAAGGAAGCCUUUAUGGUCUUUACAAAAAGACGACAUAUUGAGUAAAAGGAGCAAUCAGCACAUCGGCAUGCGGCCCAGGCCUGGGGAGGGUAACCAGUGAAGAAGAGGAUUUAAACCUGAAGAACUGUUGAGCCCUCAUGUCCCUCCUGAUCUGGGCUCAGAAUAACCAUCUGAAAUGGGUGGAGAGGUACCUUCCACAGGCCACGUGGCUUCAUUGAAGGCAAGAGCUCCCUUGACUAAAUGUAUCGACCCCUUGUGAACAUCUGAAAUGUGAGCAUCCGGCUUCAUUUCAUCCUUUCUGCACUGUGCUACUGUGCUGGGGCUCCUCUCUGAACUACGGGAACACUAAAGGCCAGGCCUUUGGACUGUUUGUGCCCAACGGGCACAUUUUGGGGGCCCUGUGGCUCCGCCCGCCCACUCCGAUGCGUGAUCCGAUGUGACACUACGACGUCAUCAUCCUCAUCACUGUGCCAGCCUGCUUCUCUACACUGGAAACCAGCUCUGACACCCGUGACCCCUACACACUGAUUGGACCAGUGACCCCCUGACCCACAGCCAUAGACAUGGUGCUCGAAUCCACCACUGUAACUCGCAGACCUCUGGACUAUUUAACCCCCUGACAUGGACAAAAAGUCUCCUGCUUCUGCAGUCUGUCUCCUCUCCAUCUCCUCCGUUCUGAUCUCAAAUGGAUUACAGUGAUUCCAAUGGCCUUUUAAAAAAAAUAUUUUCUCUGUUGCAGAAUAUUUUUGCGUUUUGAGCUUUUCAAGAUCUGAUUAGUUGGACUUCUUGAGUUCGUUCAGACUAUCAAUACCUCUGUCCUGAUCAGGUCCACAAUAGCCACAGCUACUCAGGCAUCUAUCAUUUCCUCUGCUGGUGAUUGUUCAGCUACUAAGCCCUGAUUUUAUGUGAUUGUAUACAGCCGAUUAGGAGGGGCAAUGACACACACACACACCCAUGUAAUAAUCAACCCCCAGGAAGGAUUUGGGGAUACUGUAGAGAACUCUGCAAUAACAAAGUUUAGCUUUGUCUGUCAACUUCUUUUUUCCCUCUUUUCUCUUCUUUUUCUGUUCGCUCAGUAUUACGCCAGCCUCUCACCUCCGUUAAAAUCGGGCUGCGGUUCACGACCCGCUCAGACUUCUCAUCUCUUAUGCCUUUGAAAGUAAUAUUAUUGCUCGACAGUCACACUUCAAUUCAGUCCACAUAUUUAAAGAGGCGAAAACUGUAAAUCCCAGUUGUUUGUGACAUUUCUCCUGAGUGCUUUCGAGGGCCUUAAUUGCUUUGUGACAUUUAGAGGGCGCUUGGAGUUGUGUAAAAAAAAAAAAAAGAAGAAGCAGUUUAGGUCCACAGGUUGCACAUACUGUGUAAGAGGUGUGAGUCCAUCUGCGUGAUGCCCAGCACAGUUGCUCCGUGAGUGAAGCUAACCAUUAAUCCCGCUUGUCUGUUAGGGACUCGUUUGUGUAUUCAAAUCAUCUCUCCACACUUCCCUCAGGGACCCUCCACACAGCAGUUGAUCUCCACUGGACAAAGAAGGCAUCUGAAACGUGUCCUUUAUCCUCUCGUCUUCCGUUGUAUCAGUUAUGUGGUGUUUCCAUAGUGAACAGCGAUGCGCCGUGUGUCUUAUCCUCCGAAGUCAUGCCAGUCAGUGAAAGCAUGUGUCAUAACCUGCUAAAUGUCUCUCUGUCAAAACACGAACGAGCCUCGUGCUGUGCAGCUUCCAACCAGAAGAGAAGCGAUGGUGUCUGCUCAAAAAUAACGCGGCGCUUGUCGUUGAUGAGCCGUAUACCUCAUCAAAGCCACAGCAAUAGGCCCCGGUGCCCUCUGGUCAAACCUGUUUUUUUGGGUGGGCGCAGAGGGAGGAUCGUGGUGAUAAUGGAGCCAAGAGGAGAUGAAAUGGACGCCAUCGGGUGUUUGUUUUUCCUUUUUCUUUUUCUGCUGUAAAUAUGAGUCGAAUUGGAGAGAAUUAAGAAGUCUUUGUUUGUUAAACUAUUUUUAUUGUUCUGAAAAAAUAAAGAAGGAAAAAUUCUUUUUUUUUCUCCCCUCUUUUCUUUCCUUUUAUCCCUGAGUGGGUGAGUGGGUCAUUUUUAGAGGACGGCUG